AUGUCCAAAUCCACCAUAUCCACCUCCCCCUACGCGCGCAUCCGCCACCUAACUCCCAACCCCCGCCUGCACUUGCGCUUCCGCGCCCGCAGUCCCUCCCCCUCACCCACGCAGCCUCCACCCGCCUACCCACUGCCACCAACCCUGCGUCCGCGCUCCUUCUCCACCACAACCCAUCUCCGCAGUAACUGGGCGGGACGUCCCCCCAAGGAGAACGCAGGCACAGAUGAGCCGACCGAAAAACAUAAUGUGCAACAUGAUCAGUCGCAGACGAGCAAGAAGGAAAAAGCAAAGGGUACGAGUGAUAGUGCGGGGUUGAAUGGGGAGGCGGGGUUGGAGUCGAAGAAGGGGAAGGAGAAGGUUGAGGAGGAGUUUCCCGCGGCGGCGAAGUUGGGGCCCAUUAUUGGGAUGGAGGAUGAGAGGGGUGGGACUACUGGUAAGACUACUGGUGCUUCAGUCAUGAGUUGA